GCGAAGAAAGUGACGAAAUAAAAAGGAAGACAGGCCUCGGACGUCCCCAGUAAUGUCCUGAUUUCCAGGGUCCCUGAACACCAACCACCCUCGUCGAAUCGCAAGCAAGCCUAGAAUCUGAGUGUACGGGGGCGGAAUAGUUUCGCCUCGCUUUCGCCAUGCAGUUUGCCGUGCCUCCUCGGAGGAACCUCCAGAGUCCUUACGGUCGAGCCCCUCGGUUCUCCCUCCAGCGUCGGAAACAACUCAAGGCUGUUGGUAUUCUGGCCUUUGCGCUCCUCGCGGUCUUCUUCCUUCUCUCGCAGCUGUUCUACACCAGCACCGGCACCUCGGCAGUCCCCGCCGGAACCCCCAGCGUCGUCAUCGUCACAGUCCUCGACAGGGCGCUCUUCAGCGAUGCCUAUAUCCAGAAGAUCAUCAAGAACAGGGAAGACUACGCCAAGCGACAUGGCUAUACCAACUACUUCGCGAACGUCGCCGACUACGAAUCGUCGCUGGAAGGUGCGCCGCGCAGCUGGGUGCUCGUCCCCGCCGUCCGCCACGCGAUGGCAUCCAACCCGUACUCGAAGUUCUUCUUCCACCUCGACGCCCACGCGCUCUUCAUGAACCCGAGCCAGUCGCUAGAAUCGCACGUCCUCGACAAGAGCCGUCUGGAGUCGCUGAUGCGCAAGGAUGUCCCCGUCGUGCCGCCCGAUAGCAUCAUCAAGACGUACGCGCAUCUGCGCGCCGAAGACGUCGAUCUGAUCGUCUCCACGGACAGCGAUGACUUGAGCUCGGGGAGCUUUCUCAUUCGACAGGGCGAGUUCUCGCGCUUCUUCUUGGAUAUUUGGUUUGACCCGUUGUAUCGGAGCUAUAAUUUUGCUAGGGCGGAGACGCACUCGUUGGACCAUCUCGUCCAGUGGCAUCCGACCAUCCUGGCCCGGCUGGCUCUCAUCCCCCAGCGGGCAAUCAACGCCUACAGCCGAGACUCCACGGGCGCCGUGGCAGACGGGACUUACAAAGACGGGGACUUGAUCAUUCGGUUCAACGGGUGUGACACCGAACCCAGCCGGAGCUGUGAGAAGGAGAUGGACCCGUACUACCAACUUUGGGCGAAGAAGCUGAAGAAUGAAUGAAAGAGAGCCACCAAGUGAUUCAUUCUCCUUUCAGCUUCACCCUGUGACUGUACAAUUAGGAACGUGGUUUCAAUACUUUUUAUGGGUUGGCUAUGUGGAGUUAGGGUUGGGUUGUGGUAGGGGGGUUUGUUCAUGUGGUUUUUUUUUCGAUGGGGUUUUUUGUUUGUUUCUUUUACUCGGUGUUCUUGGUGCAG